UGUGUCGGUCCAAAGAUAUAAAUGAAGCUCUGGCGAAUUAUUACCAAUGAAAAGUACGAAAGAAAGAUAAAGCUAGUCACUGUAUUGGAUUCUUAUUCGAGUUUGUACAGUGCGGAUGAAUUGCUCGUUAAAGAUAAAUCUAUUGUAAGUGAAAUGUAAAGAAAAAUUGGUGUUAAUGUUUAAAUUAAUGUACAGUCAUUAAAGGUCAGGCAAACAUCGGUAAUGAGACAGUCGCUACACUUGAAUUGGACUGUCUAGGUAUUUAAUGGCUGGUUUAAUAUACUAUAUUACUCAAAUCGAUGAAAUAAGAUGGUAAUACUGGCAUUGAAAAAAAAAGAAAGAAAGAGCAGGCUGCUUGAAAUACUCUCGAGUCUCACAAUCGUGCCGAAGGAGACACCCUGGUGACUGCUGUGUAUCGUGAGUGGCGUAGUCACGUCAGUUGCGCGGAGUCCGCCUUACGGAGUGGAGCUGCGCUUGCGUUGCGUCGUGUCGUGAGGCACUCGUGGAGAGAAUCCGUCGAGAAACACGAAGACGAUAUUAAGAAUCGUGAUUAGGAGGAACGAAUAGCUAAUUCGAUUGUUUGGUGGAGUCUACGUAUAUUCAGUUUCUAUGAACUGAGAUUCGAAGGAGCUAAGGAAUAACUCGUUUUAAAAGAAAAGGAUCGAAGGGACUUUCGGUAAACUGAUCAACCCAACAGCAACACUAAGUUCAGCCAUGUCUUUGGAGGAGUCACGGCGGUCCCAGCGUCCCUACAGGUAUGGGAUGGUUCUCCUUUGCGUCGGGGCCCUCAUCAAUUGGCUAGGACUUGCUGAAAAUUACGUGGAGCCCGUACGGUACAUAGGGGUGGCCUGCAUCGUCGCGGGGGCACUUCUCAUUUGCGCUGCAAUGUGCUGUUGGCUCCACACACCCCCUACAAGGCCCAGCGCGCAGACCCAGCACAUCAAUCAUUCUAUUACGGCUCAGAUCGACGACCCGAUUCAUGUGAUCUCGAUCGACGAGCCAUCGUGUGGCUCGCAGCAGAAGCCACCGGAUUACGAAGCUGUCGCGGAUGCCCCGCCCAGCUACGACGAUGCCAUCAAACUGAAUCCUGCUCAAUUCGUUAGACCCGGCGCUAACGAUUCAUCGGUCUUACCUGCAGUUCACAACGUGCACCUUGUGCAUUCUGCCCUCUCGGUACCUGGAACAGUAAGCAUGUCCUCGAGAGAUCCUGCACCCACGCCGCCGCCACCAUAUGCAAGGUGAGAUCGUUUUUACGAAGAAGGAUAUACACUGCGAUCGAAGGACAGGACGUGCGAGAUAAAAAAAAGUAUAAGCAAUGAGAAAUCCUCGAGGGACCAGAGGAACCACCGGUGUCGAGGAGCAACAGAUGGGUCGACGCUUGAUCUUCAUCAUGUAACCAAGUGACGCCUACGUUGGUAACGCAGACGUCGCUAUGAGUACGCGCCACCGAUGUAUAUAUGCUGUACAUAUGAAUACGUAUAAUAUGUAGAAAGUGUAAGAGACGUCAGACGAGCGACACCUAUGUAUCUAUGUACGCGACGAAGCACUCGCUGCUGCUAUCCGUGGCCUUAAUCUUACGUUAGAGUGGGCCCUGCCUGCCAUUAGGAAUUCCUAGUUUCCUCGGGAAAACGUUACACUUCCAAAUCAGCGAAUCAAAGACGCGCGCUUGUUAAUAGUCUCAAAAGUUCUGCGAUACUUUGGUAAUCCGAAGGUUCCAACUCACUGGUGACUAUCGAGGAAUUUUUUCCUUCUCUUGUCUCACGUUUCGUGAUUCGAGUGGUUUCCAGCUGCGCCUCGUCCAGUUUAUACCAGAGAAGGACUAGAAGAGUUGGAGCGAAGAGAAUGAUAAUGGAUCCUAAUUCGAAUAAGUCCACGAGCGUCAUUGUUUGUCCUGUUGCAUAAGGAUUACUGCGGGACGGAGGAGUGUCGACCGAGUCGUGUAGGGUCUUAAGGCUCUAUUAUUAAUAAAAGGAGUAAGCUUGCGGGUCGCGGAAAGAUUUAAUGCACAUCAUCAGUUAAGUUUGUGCAAUUUAUAUAUACAGCAUCCCGUUCUCUGCCAUAACUGUAAUACUGGGUAUAGCAGUAGAGCCGAAGAGCACAUAUGUAUAAGCAUCCACACGUCCGUUUUAUUGUGAUAUAUUAUAUGCAUAUAUAUAUUUAACUGUCGAGAUAAGCUAGGCAAGCGAGUUGUACGAUCUUCGCGGUACGACCGUUGUUGACUGCUCUCUUAGUCUCGUAAGACAAGAUCUUUUUUAUAAUGACCAAUUUCGUACAAUUAUAAAAAUUGUGCAAACUUA